AUGACGACGACCGUACCAGUCAGCCUCCUCUUGAUGUUCCUUAACGCCGCAGUCGGCAUGCGGCGUCUGAGCAGCUCGGCCGUGCUGAUCAACGAGGUGACCAACCAGGGAAGUGAGACCGACCUCUGCGCGGGCGAGGACUGGGUCGAGCUGGUCAACGUUGUGGGAGCGCCGUCCUCCGUGGCGGGCAUGGCGCUCGACGACUCGUCCAGCUCGCCCGAUUUGGGCAUCGUGUCCGACUUGCCGGCCGAGGUGGCGGCGGGCAAGGCGCUCGUGCUGGGCCAGGGCUCGUGCCCGGCGGAGAUCCCGGCGCAUGGCUACCUGGUCGUGUGCAAGGGCGAGAAGGCCUUCACGUUCGACGCGGCGGGCGCGGUGGUGGCGUCGUACUUGGAGGGCUGCGGCUUCGGCUUCGGCAACGGCAAUACGGACGACGUGGUGCUCUUCUCGUCGGCAGAGGGGAACGUGACGGCGGACAUGAUCGUCGAUCGCACUGGCGUCUGGAACGACGCCCUCGGCAACAACCCGACCGCCGCCCAGUCCCUCGGCCGCAAUGGCGCCGGCGACUCGGCCGUGCUGAUCAACGAGGUGACCAACCAGGGAAGUGAGACCGACCUCUGCGCGGGCGAGGACUGGGUCGAGCUGGUCAACGUUGUGGGAGCGCCGUCCUCCGUGGCGGGCAUGGCGCUCGACGACUCGUCCAGCUCGCCCGAUUUGGGCAUCGUGUCCGACUUGCCGGCCGAGGUGGCGGCGGGCAAGGCGCUCGUGCUGGGCCAGGGCUCGUGCCCGGCGGAGAUCCCGGCGAAUGGCUACCUGGUCGUGUGCAAGGGCGAGAAGGCCUUCACGUUCGACGCGGCGGGCGCGGUGGUGGCGUCGUACUUGGAGGGCUGCGGCUUCGGCUUCGGCAACGGCAAUUCGGACGACGUGGUGCUCUUCUCGUCGGCAGAGGGGAACGUGACGGCGGACAUGAUCGUCGAUCGCACUGGCGUCUGGAACGACGCCCUCGGCAACAACCCGACCGCCGCCCAGUCCCUCGGCCGCAAUGGCGCCGGCGACUCGGCCGUGCUGAUCAACGAGGUGACCAACCAGGGAAGUGAGACCGACCUCUGCGCGGGCGAGGACUGGGUCGAGCUGGUCAACGUUGUGGGAGCGCCGUCCUCCGUGGCGGGCAUGGCGCUCGACGACUCGUCCAGCUCGCCCGAUUUGGGCAUCGUGUCCGACUUGCCGGCCGAGGUGGCGGCGGGCAAGGCGCUCGUGCUGGGCCAGGGCUCGUGCCUGGCGGAGAUCCCGGCGCAUGGCUACCUGGUCGUGUGCAAGGGCGAGAAGGCCUUCACGUUCGACGCGGCGGGCGCGGUGGUGGCGUCGUACUUGGAGGGCUGCGGCUUCGGCUUCGGCAACGGCAAUACGGACGACGUGGUGCUCUUCUCGUCGGCAGAGGGGAACGUGACGGCGGACAUGAUCGUCGAUCGCACUGGCGUCUGGAACGACGCCCUCGGCAACAACCCGACCGCCGCCCAGUCCCUCGGCCGCAAUGGCGCCGGCGACUCGGCCGUGCUGAUCAACGAGGUGACCAACCAGGGAAGUGAGACCGACCUCUGCGCGGGCGAGGACUGGGUCGAGCUGGUCAACGUUGUGGGAGCGCCGUCCUCCGUGGCGGGCAUGGCGCUCGACGACUCGUCCAGCUCGCCCGAUUUGGGCAUCGUGUCCGACUUGCCGGCCGAGGUGGCGGCGGGCAAGGCGCUCGUGCUGGGCCAGGGCUCGUGCCCGGCGGAGAUCCCGGCGCAUGGCUACCUGGUCGUGUGCAAGGGCGAGAAGGCCUUCACGUUCGACGCGGCGGGCGCGGUGGUGGCGUCGUACUUGGAGGGCUGCGGCUUCGGCUUCGGCAACGGCAAUACGGACGACGUGGUGCUCUUCUCGUCGGCAGAGGGGAACGUGACGGCGGACAUGAUCGUCGAUCGCACUGGCGUCUGGAACGACGCCCUCGGCAACAACCCGACCGCCGCCCAGUCCCUCGGCCGAAUAAACUGGGCCGAGAGCGCGGUGUUUGUGGUCUUCGACGAGCGCACGCUCGGCGUGGCCAACCCGUUUUUUGUCGAGCAAUGGGAUCUAUCGGAGAGCAGCAAAGCAGAGGACCUCUCCGGCGUGGCGAUCAUACCGGGCGGCGCGGGCGACAUCGACUCGAUCAUCUUCUGCAACAACAACCCGCUCAAUAGCGACGUUGCAAAGGGCGACGAGAAGCUCGUCCGCCUCUUCGAGUACACGCUGCCGACCCCUUCCUCGCCGCCGAAGCUCAUGCGCAUGGUGCGGAUGGACGGCUUCGACGACGUCGAGGGCCUUGCCCUGGUCGAGAAGACGUCGACGGGCGUGCGGCUCGUCGUCACUGAAGAGGGCCGGCUAAACCUCGUUCUCAUCACGCUCCCUCUGAUGGGGGCAGCAGAUGGCGUGGUGGUCGAGGCGACCGUCGACUACGCGGCGGUGCCGCCGGAGGACAUGUACGCCGUCAGCCUUGUGGACGACGCCAAGUCCACGAACCGUGGCCUCGAGGGCGUCGCCUACGACCCGGCGGGCUUCUUUUACACGCUCACCGAGGAGCUGCCGAUGCGCGUGCUGCGCGUGGACAUGCGCACGCGCGAGACAGUACUUCUCUUCAGCGGCCCGCCGCGUCUUGCCAGCGGCGAGCUCCGCAUUCAAUCGCACUCGUCAUCCAUCCGAAAUGACGAGCAGGCGCUUCUCUCGGGCGUGGCCACGGACAUUGCAGGCAUGACGUACGACUACAAGAGCCGUUCGCUUAUCUUUGUCUCGCAUGAGGGCAUCGACGACGGAAGCAUCGGCCCUGCAACGGUCUUUACGAGCGACCUCAGCGGCAAGCUGCUCAGCGGCCCGCUCAAGUUGCAAGGCGCACAGCCCGAGGGCAUCGUGAUGAAGGAUGCAUCCACCAUGUACAUCAUCGGCGAGCCAGCGGAGGUGCAGAUGUACGUUUCCAAGAAGGCAGGGGUGUUGGCGUCGCCGCCGCCACCGUCGUCCCCACUUCGAGGCGACUGUCCGCCCGGGCUCGAGGUCGCGUGCCGUGUCUGGACCGUAAACCCAGCAUUCGCGUAG